AAAUUAGCAUAUUGCGGAGUAUAAUAGACUUUGAUUGAUUUGCGCGCCUUCACUCGUGCUCUACGCCAUCGGGAUUGAGACGCAUCUGUAUCCAGUACACAUCCGGUUUCAUCUGCUCUUUGACCAGAUCCUCUGCGAACAUGUCUGACAAGCCAGAUCUUGCGGAAGUCUCCAACUUCGACAAGACCAAGUUGAAGAAGACCGAAACGCAGGAGAAGAACCCCUUGCCCACCAAAGAAACCAUUGAACAGGAGAAGCAAGCAACAGCAUGAAGUCCAAGCCUCCACUAUGCACAUUCCACGAGCAUUGCCUUUUUUUUUCUCACCACUUCUAGCUGUAUAACUAACCAAAACCUAAGUUGCAUUGUGAUUGGACAAAAGCAGAUGACUGUACAGCCCCCUUCCCUAGAACCCCUCCCUUUUUUUGUUAAAUCAAGUUUGAAAAGAAACAACUACGGACUGGCAGUCUGACUAGGAGGAUGUGUUGAUUGUCUCAUCCUGACUCACUUCAGUGCUCUGUCACCUGUCCCUGCAGUGUCCCCGGCUUCCGGCCACUUGUGGUUGUGAAGGGAGGAGCAAGGGUGUGAUGGAUCAGCCCUACCAG